AUGGACCUGGUUAAGACUGCAGUGUCCCUCCACAUUCUUCUUUGCUGUGCAGGGGCCCUAUCCCACAACACCUAUAUGGACAGCAUCCUCCCACCGCCCUCAGCUCUCAGGCAGCUGGGUGAGCCAAUGAGGUUUGACCCCUGUUGUCUCAUGUCACCGCCUCCACCACCGUUGUUCCCUCCGCCACCUCAGCUGUGGAAGCGUGGGACCCCUGAUGGCUCUGGCAUGUUAGAGCCAGCUGUGGAUAAAGAAGAGGAGAGAGAGCAGAAGCAACAUAAAGAAGUGACUCCGGGGUGUGCAGCUGGACCUCCAGGACCCCCUGGACCACAGGGUCAUAGUGGAUUGCCCGGCAUAAGAGGACCAAAAGGGGAGAAGGGGGAAAUUGGACGUCCAGGGUCAAAGGGACGGACCGGAGCCCCAGGCCUCCCAGGGAAACAAGGACUUCCAGGGUGGCCUGGUCCUGAAGGCCCCAAGGGCGAGAAAGGCGAUCUAGGACUCAUGGGAUUACCAGGACUGAGGGGACCACCAGGGACAAAGGGUUUGCCUGGUAACAAAGGAGAUAAGGGGGUUCGUGGAGACCCUGGAGUAACAGGACCAAAGGGGGAUAAGGGGUCUAUUGGUUUGCCCGGGAUGCUUGGACAGAAGGGUGAGAUGGGACCAAAGGGAGAGCCAGGAGUCUCAGGGAAGAGAGGACCCACGGGACGACCAGGGAAGAGAGGCAAACAGGGUAUGAAGGGCCAGAGUGGAGCCCCUGGAGUCAUGGGCCCCACUGGACCACCAGGUCCUAACGGCCUCCCCGGGCCUCCUGGUCUACCUGCCUCAGGCCUGUAUUUAGUCGGGGAGAAGGGAGAGAAGGGUCUUCCAGGACCACCAGGUCGCUGUGAGUGUGAUCCCAAUGCUGGGGCGAGCAAUGCCCCUUAUGGAAGCUACACACAGAGAGGCAGCUACAACAGAGUCCCUGCAAUAUUUGUGGUAAACAGUGAGGAGGAGCUGGGCCGUCUGCAUAUGGACAACGCCAUAGCAUUCAGGAAGGAUCAGAAAUCCCUCUAUUUCAAAGAUAAAGAUGGCUGGAAGCCUAUACAGCCUUUCCAGCCGUUCCAGUCCACAGAGAAAGUCCCAGAGAGAGUCGGUGUUUGUGGGGACGGGAAAGUGCAGGCUCAGCAUGGAGAGGAGUGUGAUGAUGGCAACAAGAUUGUCACUGACUCUUGUCUUAACUGUAAGUGGGCUUACUGUGGAGACGGCUACCGGCAUGAAGGCAUGGAGGAGUGUGAUGGAAAGGAUUUCGGUUAUCAGACCUGCAAAUCCUAUCUCCCUGGAUCCUUUGGGCAGCUCAGAUGCACUGACGCCUGCCUCAUUGACUCCACCGGCUGCAAGUAUUUCACCUGAACCCCUUCAAGAAAAAAAAAAAAAGAAACAAAGAAAAUGGCAGCUAGACUGGCUGCAUUUUGGGAAUGUUCAUACUUCAGAUUUUUACUGGAGUCUCACCCAAAAAGAUAACUGGUGGACUGGUGGACUACGAAGGGGAAGCUUUAAUGUUCUGAGCCAUGAAAAGUCAGGGGAGUCAACUUUGAUUUGACUGAACCCUCUGGAGUGUUAAUUCCUUUGUUGGCCUCAGGAAAUGGCUCCACACUACUGUGUUAUACCAUCAGCUGCAGCACUGUUACCGGCACUGGUGGUUGUGGACAACAUAUUUUCACUAUGACCGUGUAAUGUACUUAUAAUGUCAAUGAAUUCUUGACUGUUAAUGCAGAAAUAAGCUGUGUUCUUAAAAAAACAUAUUUUAUAGCAAAGAGAGAGUUAAUAAGGAUGGAAUUUCCAAAGAGGCAAAUAUAGUAUGCAAA